AUGGGUCCUGGCACAAAUUCCAUGGAGCUCGUAUCUGUUACGGCACGUGGAGCCUGUCAUUUCCGGACUCGCUCCUCUACCAAUCCAAGAAUGAAGCUCCACAUAUUCGCCCUCCUUGCCGUCUUUAGCGCCGUCGCUAUCGCUGAUGAUGGCGGCUCGAACAACAACGAUCGCAAUUGCGAGGUCGUUGGAGCAUCUUGCCGCUUCUAUGGAUGCUGCAAAGACGGGGCCUGUAAGCCCGAUCGCCGCGGCGACGACGGCAUCUGUCAACUCCGUUGUGAGUACGGUGGCCAUGCCUGCGAUGGGAAUAUCUUGAUCUGCCAAAACCGACUGCAGCUGCGCGCCCAUAAUGAGCUGCGUCGCGGAGAGCUCGGUCCAUGA